UUUUUUCUUAACCAUCACUGGGGACUGCUUCAGUUUAGCAGAGGAGCCUUAGUGGCGUGGUUGCCUCAGGUGUACCUGAUCUCAUGAUGGUAUGUGGCCUUUUGGCAGAGUUUGGGAACUGACCCCUCAAAACAGUGUUUAGAACUAGUUGCAGGUGAUAGCAAGGCUAAUCCAGUAAGGUUUUGAUGAAUCUGUCACAGAAGAGUUACCUGUCCUUAUGAGCAUGGCUGGUGUGUGGUGUAUGUUGCUGCGACCUUCCUUCUUCUGUGUUUGAUGAAGUAGAUGCUUUUUGGUAGGGACGUUAAGGCUUUGGAUGUGAUAAGUUGGAAUCCUAUUGUGAGCCCAAAUUCAGCAAACAGUUACUGCUUAACAGGGGCCUCAGGCAUAUGUUUUAAGUUUCUCUGUUUCCUGUAGGACUUAAAAACGUGUUUAUAGCUUUGCAGAGUAUAUAUGGCCCAAGAGCCAUGUUUUUCAUAGGGAGAAAGGUGUGCUUGAGUAUCUUGUGUUCUCUUUGGCAAGGACGUAAUAAAAACCAGUCCUGGAUGUUUGGUGAGGGAGCAGUGUUGAGAGAGGCGAGCCAAGUGGUGGUAGGAGUCCUGAGCCACCAGGUUUCUGUGCCUCUGUGUGGAGCUUUGUGCUUUGGAAAUGUCCAGAUUAGCUUUGGCUAAGCCUCUGAGCUUCUGGAUGCUUCUCAUAACCAGCUCAAACCUCUCAAAAGCUUGAGGUUUGUCCAUCACUAAUUUUCAAAUGAAUUGCAUGGGGAAAUGGAAAAAAAAAACAAAAACCCUUAAGUUGAUGUACUUGUUAUUUUAAGAAUAGAAAGGAUAAUGAAUAUGCCAGUAGUGUUUGAUUGUUAUGGAGGAGCACAAAGUAGUGGCCAAGCGAUAGGAGAAAUAAGGAGGAAUGUCUCUUGGUUAUUUUCUCUAGGAUCAUCAGGAUCUAUGGAUAAAUGUAAAGAUGGCUAAUACAUACAUAAGGAAAGAUAGUGGUUUUAACAGUUGGAAAAAUAUUGUGAGGCACCCGUGUUUCACCCCAGGUCAAAAAGCUUUGGAAUAGUUUGUCUGAUUUCCAUUUUGCUGAGCAGUUCAGGCCAUCAGAGAGGACUUGCUGGCCUCUGGACAAAGGGAGGGUGUGAAGGGGAGGAGGAAAUCAGGAUGUUAAGAUCUGUGAAGAAGGAUGAAUGGCAAUGGUUGUUUGUCACCUUACUGCCCUUCUUGUCUCCCUAGAGCCCAGCUGACUUCCUGGGAUUGCUGAAUAGCUGCCUUUCGCUGCCUCCUGCCUAUCAAAUCAAAAACCAGUGGUGUAAAACUGAGCAUGAAUUUGGUGGGCUUUGAACAGCCAGAUCCAGUAGCUAAGAAGCCUCGUUCCAGCUUUUCUGUACAAAUGGAGUCAUGGAAAGAAUGUUUCAUGUGUAAUGAAAAACUGGUGUCCAGAAGAUCACUGGGGCCAGAUCCCAAUGUUGCUGCACUCAUCGGUAACACGUGUCCAGGCCCUGAUGUAUCUGAAGCUGAUCAGGAGGGAAUGCUGGCAAGCAUCAGCUGACGCAAUGCCAGCAAGCUUUCAGUCACAGUGUUAAGGAAGGAUGAAGACGCGGGCUGGGAACAGUUUGGUCAUCACCUGAUUUGGCCACAUGUAACUUGAUGCUAGAAAUACACCAGGUCCUCACUCCCUGCAUAGCAAGAGAUUCCUCCGUUCUCCUCCAAAAGCUGCCAAAGUAACUUCUGUGUGAUGAGUGCUGAGAUCAAACUUUGUAGGGAAGGAAAGAGUGGUAAAGAACUAAGAACCUGCAAGAUAGUUUUGGAUAGGGCGGUGGAUGUAGUUUACCAUGAUUUCAGCAAGGCAUCUGGUACUGUCUCCCAGGACAUCCUUAUAACAAAGCUGAGCAAGCGUGGGAUAGAUGAGUGGACAGAGAGGUGGGUUGAGAAGUGGCUGACUGGCAGAGCACAGAGAGACGUUGUUGGCAGUGCAGAGUCCAGGUGGAGACCUGUAACUAGCAGUGUUCCCCAGGAGUCAGUGCUGGGUCCAGUCUUGUUCAACAUCUUCAUCAAUGACCUUGAUGAGGGGAUAGUGACC